GAGAACUUGACUUAAAAACAUAAUUUCCAAUGUUAAACAUUGAAUGCAAAUAUGUUCUGAUAAAGAUAUAUGCAUGAUAUAAAAAAUAAAAUGUAUAACUUGAAUCUGGUAAAUAACCAAAGAAAACAGUGAGUGAAUAUUAACACGUAUAAUCCACGAUUUUCUACUACUUUUACGUGAUAAAGAUCAAGAUUUGAAGUGAAUAAGAAUUAGCAUAAGCAGAUGAAAUGUAAAGAACAAAGUCGGUACGUUACAGACUUGACGAGAACGAAGGCGGAAGUUAAGAAAGCUGAGGUGGGAUUCACCGCAGGGAUAGCGGCUCGUCGGAAGAGCACCUGGCGCGGGCCGUCUGAGAUGACGACCUUGCGAAAGGAUAUCACGGUGUCUCCGUAUAAAACUUUCUUCUUGGUAUCAUUAAUCGGACUACUGCUCCAAAUCCAUUCAACAACGGGUGGUAUAUGCUGGUCAUCUAUCAGUAACGGCCGUUGUAAGGAACUUUUAUCGCAAGGUACUACGAAAGAAAAUUGUUGCGCAUCUAACGCAGCAGCAGCAACUGCUUAUUCUGAUGAAGAUCUAGAUAGUGGAAGUCUUUUUUUCUGGAGAGUUCUUGGUGGAGGUGUGCAAUGUCAUCCUUGUCGAGAGAGUUGCACGGAAGUAAGAUGCGAAGAAGGAAAAAAGUGUGUGGUACGUAAAGGAAGACCGCGAUGCGUAUGCAGUCCAGAGUGUAAAGCACCGCGUGGUGGUGGUGGACCGGUCUGCGGAACAGACGGCAAGAGUUAUAAAAGCUUGUGUAGGCUCAAAAAGCGAGCUUGCAAAAAGAGCAGUCACGAACUCGCGGUUGCCUACAACGGCCACUGCCAAAGUUCGUGCGCACGGGUUCGGUGCGGCCAAGGUCGGAGUUGUUUGCUGGAUCAAAAUCUAAGCCCUCACUGUGUGAAGUGCACACGCAGCUGCCCUCAAACACUUCCGCGUCAAGUCGCAAGCUCACGCCCCGUCUGCGGAGCCGACGGAAACACCUACAAGAGUGCCUGCCACCUGCGACUCGCCGCUUGUCGCGCAGGUCGAGCCAUUCCUGUUGCUUAUAAAGGUCAUUGUAAACGUAAGUUCCUCUCCUUCUCACUCAUUUUCUCACUCACUCAUUCACUCACUUGCACGGAUGCACGCAAGCAUGUACACAUUAUAGACUUAAUUGUUCUCUUAUUCAAUGAGACUUUAAUACUUCGGAUUUCUACACUUAUGAGCAUUAAAGGAGUUAUCAUCAUUAUAUAAAAUAUAAUAGCAAAAGGUCUAAAAAAACGUAAAAAAAAAUUUGAUACUGCAGAGAUUCGAACCCGGUCCGCCACGAAGGAAAAAAUAUAACGCUAGCACCUAGCCUUCUCAGCCACAAUGCUCUCUUGGAUAGUGAUUCAAGAUUCUAGUAAUUAACGUGCAAAUGUCCAAAUGUUAAACUUUAAUUGCAAUUUUCUUAAAAAGUAAGGCCUAUUCAUGCUAACCUUUUUACUCUUUUAAUAUACUUGUUCGCCCUUUUCAAAUGAGCUAUGCUUCAUCUCAUUUGGCAUAUUAAAAUUCUUGCCUACUCCUUGUUAGUAUCGUAACUAUGGCUCCGCUAUCUACUUCAAAACGCAAAGGUUUGCCAUCUACUACAAGUGUUUUGAAAAACUUGUUUCAGUAAUCGAAUAUGUUUUUUGAUCCACAAAAUUUGAGAAUUGUUUAUGUAACUAACCAACAGUCAUAUACUUCACGUUAAGAAUUGUCGGUCCCGGGUCUUCGAUAUUGUCGAAGAGCGUUUCAAGUGGUGUCUUUGCCGUUUUACAACUUUCGACGAUCAUCACCCGAUGCUUAACAUAGCUACUUAGCUACGUCGCCGAAAAGCAUGGCUCUCACAAACGAAACAAUAAUAUAUUAAGAAAGGUUUUGACCAACGGGCGGAUCCCGAUAGCACACAGGACCGAUAGCACACCAACUCUUACAGUGGCCGAUGCCUAAAGUUUUUCCGUUGGUUGGAUUAGAUAAGUUAAAAUAAUUGGUUGGUGGGCAUUUGCAUCGUGCGCUAUCGGAUCUCGUCCUUGACCAACUUGGAAGUGGGUAUCCAGACAGCACGUGGACAUCCAUCGGACAUUCAUCAAACGCUCGUCUGUGGACAUUAAAACGUCCAAUAGACGUCCAAUUAGGUUCCGAUAAAUGUCCGAUGGACGUUCAUUCGAGGUACAUUUGCAAAUUUGUUCCAUAGAACGUCCAUGUUGGACGUCCGUCGAACGUCCGGCGGAUUAUAAUCGGACGUUUAUUGGAUGUUUCAAUGUCCACAAACAGGCGUUCGAUGGAAAAUUGAAUCUGCGCAACAGCGCUUUUCAAUAAAUGGCUAAAAGCGCGCAACAACCCAGUAAAUACAGUAAUAUAACAUAUACAUUUUAUAUACAUAACAGUAAGUAUCACUAGGUAACGAGUUAUGUAGCAAGUAACAUAUGUACGUUACAUGUACUAUUAAAUGUCAGCAACAAAAUUACGUCACUGAUCUAUUUCAGAUAUGUAGCAGAACACUUUAAAUGUUAUAUCUAUAAUAUAUAACCGUGCCAAUACUGCGAUGUUUUUUAUUUGUCUUUAAAACAUAUAUGUUACAUCAAAGUAAUGGUAAGUUUUUGUUCUCUUUGCUGCUCUUUUAUUUAAUGUUUACAUGAUGCAAAUUAUAUUCCGAUAUACACUGCCGAUACAUUGAAAAAGGAGAAUGGUUGCAAUUACCAUAAUUCAAUUUUAUGUUUAUACGAUUGUAAUAUUGAAAGUUUAAAAAUGUUAGUUUUAAUCAUUAGUAAAUCAAAACAUCUUCCACUUGAUUUCAUUUUCAAGGGGACUCAUCAGAAAAAUUAUUUUACUAUAACAACACCGAUAUUCUUAUCGGUGAAAAAUCUCAUAAAGCUCUGCCUUUUAUACCAUUUAUGUGAUUCCUUUCUUAGGAGAAAUAGAACGCUAUAGCAGCCAUCUAGUGAUGGUUUUGUGUACUAUCAUUUGCAGAGAAAAAAGUAUGUGAUAUUUGUGACUAUAACUGCAUGGUUAAGAAAAUAAUUAUAUUCAUUAUGAUUAUAGUUGCGUUAACAAUAUAAAAAUAGUUAU